AUGAAGCUCCGAACACCGGUUGCUGGUGGACUCGCACGGAAGUAUUUGCUUUCUAUAUCGUACAUGUUAUUAAACUGGUCGAGUGGCUCGCGAUGGUGUUUGGUGGCUGAUGAAAUGUACUGUGGCAUCUUUGAAUCCGUGACAAACGCCUCUCAGUUUUACAUUUUGGUGAAACUGCUUAAGCAUGAUGAUCCAGCACGUCCCGAUACUGAAACCAGUGCCAGUGUGAUGCCACGUGAUGAAAUGGAAACCGUGGCAGAAUAUUCGAUUGUAAGCAACGCGGAAAUCCAGCGGCCGCAAGUCCGUCGUGCGAAAACACUGUCGGUGGGCACUCUCGUGCUAACCUUGUGUCAAUCGCCUACUAGCAAAAUAAAUUACAGCACCUUCCACAAGACCUACGAUGCAGUGACUUUUCAGUGGAACUCUAUUCGAACGAGGAACUCCUUGUGUGCACUCAAGGUAGUAUACCAGUUUGUCGUUAUGAACCGUUUUUUCUAA